CCCACCACUUUGUCGAUCCUUAUUAACGUGUCAUGUCGGCCAUUAUUACCUGGAAAAUAAAUAGGAAACCAGUAUACUUUCCUUUUACUAUAGGAUUCCUGUGUUUGCGAUAUUCCGUCAUGAUUCGGUUUGUCAACCUAUAAAUACGUACACAGACUUUCUCAUCUCAGCUAUAUUUUCCUUUCAGAAAAAAAAAACUAGAAAGAUGGGAUCACAAGACAGUUUUAAUGGAUGUGAGCAACCAGGGGCACAUAAGCCUUGUGCAAACCGAUGUGGGUUUUUCGGAACAGCAGUGAAUUUGGAUAUGUGCAGCAAGUGUUAUAGAGAUCAUCUUAAAGAAGAAGAACAAUCUCUUUUAGCCAAAGCCUCUUUUGAGAAGUCUGCAAACCCUAAGAAAGCUUUGACAACCUCUCCAAAGGAAUCAGAGGCGAACUACUCUACAGAUGAUUCUAAUGUUUCUGCGAAGGGGACUGCUACAGCUUCGUCGAGUUCUGCAUCACCAUCAGCAACAUCUGGAGGAGAAAGUGGUGCAGUAGCGAAGAAUAGGUGUUUCAGUUGUAACAAGAAAGUGGGGUUGACAGGAAUCAAGUGCAAGUGCGGAUCAGUUUUCUGCUCUAUGCAUCGCUACCCUGAGAAGCAUUCAUGUGACUUCGACUACAAGGCCGCUGGAAAAGAAACAGUCGCAAAACUGAAUCCGCAAGUCAAGGCAGACAAGAUUGAAAGAUUUUAAUUGCAUAGAUUUCUUGUUUUCCAAUUUCAA